ACAAAAAGAAAUCCAUCUCUAUAGUACAUUUCUUUUAUAAAUUAUUUAAGACAAUUCAUUCUUCAUAAGCUUAAAUUUAUCUCUGACUAAAAUAUAUUUUCUUAUUGUAUACAUCGAUGAUUAUCAAUGUCAAUGAUAAACAUAAACUUCGGUAAAAGUCUAUUAAUAUCCACGAAAAUGUUUAGUGGUGAAUGGUUUGACCGAUUAUUUACUUCCUGGCGUCGAGGAAAGUGGUUUCCGAAAUCAAAAUUCUAAUGGCUUGGCGCCUUCUGGUCACCAACCUCAAAUCCACUCAAACACAAACCCUAACCCUAACAAACCUCCUUCGCCAUUCUUCUCCAUUCUCCACCUCCUUCCUCGUCACCAAACUGCCCAAGAAAUUCAGGAAGAAACGCAAGAAGCACGAAAGCCCUAGAACCAAGCUCGUUCAAUCCGAACCCGAUCGCAUUUCUCACUUCGAGCGCAUCCUCCAAACCGAUUCCUUCUUCAGAUUCCUUUUUAAGUCCAAGGAUUUCCUUUCCAAGCAGCCGGAGCACGUUCUUCGUCUCGAUGAUGCCGGCAAGCUUUAUCGCGAACUUGGCUUUCCAAGAGGUCGCAAAGUCGCUCGAUCUAUUGAACGCCAUCCGCUUCUUUUCGAACCCUAUCGUCACUCCGAUGGGAAAAUGUGGUUUGGAUUUACGGAGUUCAUGGAGGAGUUAAUCGAGGAAGAGAGGGAGAUUAUGGACUCGAUGGAGAUGGAUAGGGUUAGAACUGUCAGGAAGUUGCUGAUGAUGUCGGCGAAUAAACGAAUUCCAUUGACGAAAAUCUAUCGUUGCAGGUCGGUGUUUGGAAUUCCAGAGGAUUUUAGGGAUCGAGUGAGCAAGUAUCCGGAUUACUUCCGACUUGUGGUUGAAGAUGAUGGGAAGAGGGUGUUGGAAUUGGUGAAUUGGGAGCCUUCUUUGGCUGUUAGUCAGCUCGAGAGAGAGUUUGUGGUGAACGAGGAUAAGGUGAAAAGGAUGUUCAUGUUUCCUGUGAAACAUGGCAGGGAUUUGGAUCUGGAUUUGGAUGAUACGAGGAAGCUGAAUUUGUUGAAUACACUCCCAUUGGUUUCGCCAUAUUCAGACGGAUCGAAGCUGGAGCUUUGGACAUUGGAAGCAGAGAAGUACAGACUUGGGUUGGUGCAUGAGUUGUUGAGCUUGACAUUAGAGAAGAGGGCUUCAAUUCAUCAUAUUGUGGAGUUUAAGGAGGAGUUUAGCUUGACUAAGCAUACUUACCAGAUGCUUCUGAAACAACCCAGAACCUUCUAUCUGGCUGGGACAGAAAUGAAUUGGGUUGUUUUCUUGAAGGAUGCAUACGAUGAAAAUGGCGACUUGAUUCAUAAAGACCCUCAAGUGGUUUUCAAUGAGAAGUUGCGUAGAUAUGCUCAAAUGCAGAAAAUGGAAUGAUGUCAAUAUCGUAGGUGAAUAAUGAUAUUGAUUCAGGAAUGAACUGUUUCUGUUUCUCCAAUGAGUUUUAAUAUAUAUCUUCAGUAAAUACUUUGUAAUUUGCUGUUUCUCAAGGUGUUGAGUUGAUUUAAAGUGGGAUUAGUAACAUACUCUAUAAUCAUCGAUCAAA